UUACAUGGAAUGGAAAAUGGAUCAUGUACUUCUUUUGUGCAUGAACAAGAAACAUUUUUAACAAAUCAAAUGAACAAAGAUGUAUCUGAUUCUGACAAUGAUCUUCAAGAAGUUUCAAGCUAUCCAAUUUCACCUGCUGAUUCGAGUGUGGAUGACAGCAAUUCGGAUGAAGAAUAUAAUGGUUUCAAUCUACAACAAAAUCCAGAUCUUCAAAGGAAAUUAAAAAAUGGUUUUACAACAACAAAAUUUGAAUGCAUGCUCAUGGUUCUUACUUUCUCACUUCGACAUAGCCUUUCAACUGUAGCCAUGGAAGAUUUAUGUAAGCUUAUAAACUGCCCAAGGAGCGCCAAU